AUGGUGGGUGUCGGCUUACUGCUCGGGCUCGUCGGGCUCCUCCCCGCUGGCCCGGCCCACUCCUGCGGCCCGCUGGCGCUGCCGCGGCCCCCACGCGGCGGCCUGCUCCAGAUGCAGACCGCGGAGGACGCCGCCAAGCAGGCGUGGCUCGCGCGCCAGUCCACGCCGGCCUUUGGGCCGAGCGGAGGCACUCCGACCAUGGCUCCGCGGCCUCCGGGAGGUAUGUCGCCUCCGGGGUUGCCUCCGCCGUUUGGUCUUCCACCGCCCAUGCCGCGGCCGGGCCUGCCGCCGCCGAUGGGCGGGAUGCCGCCGCCGAUGGGCGGGAUGCCGCCGCCGAUGGGCAUGGCGCCGCCGGGGAUGCCUCCUCCGUUUGGGAUGGCACCACCAAUGGCGCGGCCAGGUAUGGCGCCGUCGAUGAACGGGCUGCCGCCGCCGAUGGCGCGGCCGGGGAUGCCGCCUCCGAUGGGGGGUGGCGUCAUGCCCGGCCAGGGAUGGGUGGAGGUCCUCCGGGCAGCGGCCCGCCCGGUGGUGCAGGCAUGCCCCCUCGACCCGGAGGAGGCUUGGGAGGAGGCGUGGGAGGAGGCGUGGGAGGAGGCGUGGGAGGUGGGCCGCCUGGCAUUGGCGGAGGGAUGGGCGGAGGGAUGGGCGGAGGGAUGGGCGGAGGCGCGCCGGCCGUUGGCGGCGCUGCGCCGGGCGGGUUUGGCGGCGCUGCGCCGGGCGGGUUUGGCGGCGCUGCGCCGGGCGGGCUUUGGCUCCUCGCCCGGCUUCGGCGGCCAGCGGGGCGGGCAGGGCGGGUUCGGGCAUGUCGUCGGGCCGGCGAGGGGACGACUGGCAGCCCUCGCGCAGAGGGGUGCAGCCGGGGCGCGGAAGCCAGUCGCAGCGCCCGAGCAGCUCGACUACGUCGAGCUCGAGGACCCGCAGGGCAGGGCGGCGUGGCAGGAGGAGGCGCGGCCCCGCGCCUCGGCUCGAUCGCAGCUCCACCUCGGCUUCGCCGGCCCUCCACCCCGGCCCUCCACCCCGGCCCUCCGGACCACCGCCGAGUACGAAGACUACUGGCUGCAGGGCGGCCGGCAGUACCGGCGCGACGCGCUGGCGAGCUUGCGCCGGCAGAGCAACGACCGCGGCUCCAACAUCCGGUGGGAGGCGGAGCAGCAGGCGGAGCAGCGCGAGUGGCAGGCCGAGGUGCAGCGGCGCAACUCGCGCGACGCAUUCUCGCGCGCGAGCCUCGACAUGCAGCAGCCCGCCUACAACGAAGUUGAGGCGGCGACGCCGUGGCUGGCCGAGGGCGGCCGCCGCCACCAGCAGGACGGCGCGGGCCACGACGAGGUGUGGGUGCACUGA